ACCCCUUCACCCCGAGAGACUACUUAUAAUAUGAUAAGUAGGAUAUGUGCUUUCAGCUUUAACGAACCUUUGGAUUACGAUCACUUGGAUGUAUCAGCUGAAAUGAAUGAGAUGUUUCAAUUUAUCCACUACUACUCACCUGAAACAAUUGAACUGAAAACGCGGCUUUACCCCUUUAUUCCUGAUUAUAUACCUGCGGUUGGGGAUGCAGAUGCCUUCUUGGGGGUACCUCGUCCCGAUGGGAAAUGUGAUAAUUUGGGUCUCAUCCAACUAGACGAACCGAGUAUCACUCAGUCUGAUGCGAUACUCCUGGAUUUACAGCUUCGAGCUACCUCGAAGCAGAAAACAACAAAAGAAAUGGUAGUCAAAGUUGUUGAAGACCCGGAGAAAAACGUGAAAGAAGUUGAAAAGUGGAUUAAGGACAUCACUGACCUCCACCUUUCCAAACCACCUCCCAAAGUUCACUACCAAAAUCCGAUGCCAGAUUUGACGAGUCUUAUGAGUGAAUGGCCGGAGGAUUUCGAGGAAACGCUCAAAACAGUUGACCUUCCAAAUGCCUCUCUAGACUGUAGCCUUGAGGAUUACAUCGACAUUGUGUGUGGUAAGUAUUCAACAAGUAUUUAUUUAUUUAUAUCAAAUGGCAGGCAUUUUGAUAGUUAUCAUUAG